CGGAUAUGUAAAGAAGCAUCGGUCAAACAUGAGUUGGAGAACAAGAAGAAAGUUGAAUCUUGGAGAAAAGCACUCAUGGAAGCAAGUAACAUUUCUGGAUGGGAAAUCAAGCACAUUGCCAAUGGGCAUGAGUCAAGGUGCAUCAAAGAAAUUGUUGACACAAUUUCACAUAGGUUGCAUCCAGUGUUGAUAAGAACCUGAUUGGAAUAGCCGCUCACAUGCACAAAUUUAUAUCAUGCCUAAAAAUUGGAAAAUUUGCUGAAGGAAUCAAGUCAUGCUACAGAUACAGAACCGUCUUAAUCGGUCUUGAUGAUGUCAAUCAUCUUGACCAACUAAAUGUGUUUGCUGGAUCACAAGAUUGGUUUGGUGAAGGAGGCCGAAUAAUCACAUCUAGAGAUGAACAUUCUUUUAUUGAACACAGAGUAGAUGUGAUACAUAAAAUUGUUUUAAUAGACAAUGAUGAGGUUAUUCAGCUUUUUCGCAUGCAUGGACUUAAGCCCAUUGAGAAAAGAAUUUGGAAGAAGGAAAGCGUUGUGAACAUAUGCAGUGCUACAGAUGCAAAGGUUUGUGCAGACAUGAAAAACCGUCGGUGGAUUGAUUUUAAAUUUAAACAAAGACUUGAUGUUACAGGUCCAUUGCCCGAAUAUUUUCCAAUAUGGGAGCUUUCUUGUUUUACAAUGAUCAGCCUUGUGCAAAAACAACUUUCUGAGGGUUAUAAGGUUUAAUGGUAGGUUGGCUCGUGGGACCUUUGAAAUUAGUGGAUUUUUUUUUUUUUUUGAAAAACUUUACCUAGAUAUCUUGGAACAUGGUUUUUUUUUUCUUUAAAUAAUUUGGUACCGGACGAAACGAAGCUGAAACCGAGCGGCUGAUGUUUUAAUUCUCUACCUUUUUGUUUUGAUUUUUAUUAGAAUAUAACUAGUCAUUGUUAAUGAUAAAUUUGUAUAUGUGACUAUAUUUCUACGUACAAACUUAUUAAAAUGUGUG